GUCAUCUGGCUCAAAACAGUAUGUCGUUAAUUUCACUCCAUUAGAUAUUCUUGAAGAUUCUAAUAGCAGUACUUCUGAUGAACUUCUCAGUUCCCCCAUUUCUGAUAAGCAGGAAGGUUUGCUGUCACCAACAUGGUGUCCAUCCAGUGUUCAUCAUAUUAGAGAAUUAACUGAAGAGUAUUGUGUAGCAGAUUCAUUAUUGCCAUUGCAAAGGACGAAUUGUGAUGCAAAAACACUUGGAGAUCUAUCCAGGUGUUCCAUGGAAGAGAUGACCUCUUCCUCUGUUGCCGAGUCCAAGGAAGACUACGUUGAUACAAUGGAUGAGCUUCAGUGUUUGGUGGAAACAGUAUCAGAAUAUUUAGCAGAGAAGGAAGAGGAGAUUAACAGAUUUGGUUCCCUUUCAAAAACUAAAGAAAUACAUAAACACUACAGUACUGUUGAAAAUGCAGAACAGAAAAUGCCUGGGAUUCAAAAACCACCUUUAACCAUAGUCAGUAAUAACAAUGACAAGGCCAUCUCUUUUCCUGAGUUGAAUGAAGUAAAAUGUGCUGUUGGUUCUUUGUUCACUUCACUCACAGAAAGGGUGGGUUCAGGCACAAAGCAUCUGACAACCACUGUGGAAAAGCUGGUUUAUUUAGUUCCAGAGAAAACAGAAAUUCCUAAUCAAACAGAGACAAUUAAUUUGGAAUCUACACCCAGAGCCAAGUCAGUAUUAGAGAAGGAUCUUUCCGUGCAAUCUGCAUUAUCCUCACAAACAGAAGAUAAUAAGAAUGCAGGCAGACAUGGCAAAACCUCUGAAAAUGAGUACAUGGGCAAUAAAACUGGGAGUUUAAGCUUUCAGGAUGCAGCAGAAACUAUCAGAAGGGAUUCGGCUCCACAGAGUCAGGGUUCAGUUAUAAAAUCUGUUUUCAGCAUGUUGAAUCCAUUAAAGAUCUUUUCAGAAAAGGGGGAAACCAAAAAAGAUGACCAGAUCAAGCCACUGAGAAAGGAAGGCUCUGUUGGGUGUGGUUUGGAGUCAAAUAAAAGAGAAAGCACUCUCGACGAUGACAGUAGUAGCAUCAUUGCUUUAAAUAGGAGUGAUGGAGAAACUACAGGCUGCUUCCAAAUGCCCACAAGUGAGGAUUUGUCCUCUAAAGUGGUCAGUGAACCUUCAAACUUAGCUAGUUCUGCAAGUAAGAAAGACGAUAUGGAGAGUCUGUUGGAAGGAAAAUCCUGUAUAGAUCAGUCUCUAUUACCAGAUCAACCAAAAAUAUGUGCCAAAGAUACUCUAGGACAUCCUUGUGUAGCUGGGAGCAGAACUGCCAAUGAAGAGGCUUCUUUCAAGCCUGUAGAGGAGGACAAAGUUACUGGUGAUGAUGAUUUUCUUGAGCCACUCAGAAAAUCAUUUAGCCAGUUUUUCCUCACUUCCCCUGAGACCUGUUCAAAGGAAACUUUGUCAGAAUCUAUGAAAAUUCGCCAGAUCGAUGAAGAUGAAUGGGAAAGGGGCUCUAAGAAAGAUGGACGUUCCUUUUCCUUUAGUGGAAAACUACAUAUUCCAUUUUUUAGAGUUCUUGAGCAUUCUGAAAAGCAGCAGGAUUUAAGAGAGAAAGGAAGCUUUUUUCCUUUGUUUAAAUUUCCUUUUGCUGACAGCCAUAUCACUAUAAAUGACCAAAAUUUUCAUGUCUCGGGAGUAAACACUAAUGAAGAAGAGAUCCAAAGAAAUUGCCAUGAAGAUGGCAAACUUAGUUCACUCAAAUGUAGUUCAGUUGCAAAUAUUCAUAAUGAUUUAGGGAAAUUGGGCAAUACAGAGGAAUUUAAUAAGAAUGACCAAAUAAAUUAUCCUGAAGAUGCCGAACUCAACAUAAUAAAGUCUGAUUCAGUUAUAAAUAUUAAUGAUGACCUUGGAGAAUUGGGGACUAUAGAGGAAUUAAAUCCAAGUGACCAUACAGCAGUAGCAAAUUAUGAAAGAAAUGCCUUAGCCAUCCCUGGAGUUGUGCCUAUAGAACAUAUAACUUCAGAUCCUUCAGGAGAAGAUAAAAAUCUUACACAAGUGACAUCUUCAAUAGUAUCAAACUCUUCAUUAGAGUUUAUUUCUACUGUUUCGAAAUCUAUUUUGCUUAGUGAAAUUAGUGAAGAAGAUAAAGUUAUAGAUAAAACGUCUGGGGAAAAAACCCAAAGAGGCUUCCUUUCUGGCUUAUUUAACAGGUUUUCUUCUCCUGAAAACUCGUCUAGUAAACAAAAAUUAAAUUUGAAAAAUGAUGAUUCCAAUCACAGGAAUACUAACCCAAGCUUAAUCUCUGGAAUAUUUAACCUGAUAUCAAAUAGCGGUAUGACUGACUGUAAACCAGAUGAAGCAAAGUUCAUGUCUUCAGGCAACAUGAAGAGUUUGAAUGAAGAUGAGCAUUUAUCCUUGGAUGAGGUCCCUGCUACUUCAUGUGUGACUUCUGAAAACCCUACGAACUGUGUUGAAAAACACGAAAUGUCUGCCUUUGUAGAAAGCUGCUUAUUACCUAAAGAGAAUAUACCAUUAUCUGAUGCUUUGGUUGAUAAUCAUGGUUGCCCUCCUACAUGGAAAAACCAGCAAAAUGAAAAGCAUUUCCCGUCUUCUGAGAACAUGGUACUUCACGGUGCUCCAGGUGCUCAGCCAGGCUCCUUAGAGAUAUCUUUAACUAAGAAGCCAACACCAAACCAUGUUCUUGAGACAAAACUACAUGAAAAUUCAAACGAGUUAAAUUCACCUCUACUAAAUACUAACAUUCUUAAUAAAUCAAACCACUGUCAGACUUUUGAAGAGAUGAAUAACCCUUUCUGUUUUGAAUGGGACUCUGAUGUAAAAGAUUUCUCUAGAAAUUCCAGAAAACUUCAGCCAGUUUAUUGUAUGUUGAAUCAAAAUACAUUUCCAUCAGCUGAUGCUUUCUUGCGGCUUGACUCAGAAAACCCCGUGAUAAAUUUUUGCCAAAAAGAUCAAAAUGCAAAUAUCUUAGACUGGAGAACAAAUCCAAACAGUGUCAUUUGGUGUGACUUACCAUAUGAAUCAUUUGACCAGUUAGCAUUUAAUGAAGAUUAUUUUUUAAGAGGUGAUGUGUGGGCAGCUAAAUCAUUAUAUAGAAAUUCUGGUCAUCUUCUAAUUAAUGAGACUAAGAAUUCAUUAGAAGAAUUGCCCAUUGACUUAAGUUUUUCUUCAGAUUAUGAGAAGACUAUAUACCCCGUAGUUGAUCAAGAAUCAUUUAGAAUAGAUGAAAACUUUGUUUUUUCAAGUUUUGGUUAUGAGUAUCAGGAAUGGUUAUCCUGUCUUGAAAAUGGAGUGUGGUGGCCAUCAGAGGAUGGGGAUUAUGGAUAUUAUAUGUUUCAUGAUGGUCAAUAUAUCUAUUCUCUCCUCACUGAUUCUACUGGGCAGUAUGCAUAUUUAUUUGUACCUGAUUAUUCUUAUCAAGAGUAUUUAAAUUGUGAUUUACAAACAAAUGAUCUAUCAGGUAUUACAUUGGAUGACAGCAUUAUUUCUGCCUGUAGUUUUAAGGUACUUGACAAGGAAGAUGAAAUAUUGUGGUGUAUUGAAGAGGAACCAAUUGAUGACCCUCUUGAUUUAUCUGUAGCUUUGCCAAGAAGUAAGGAACCAUUCCGUCUAAAUUUAGAAACCAUUUCACAAGUACUUAAAGAGUCAAGUAAUGGCCAAAGGGAUCAACCAUUAGAUUUUUCAGGCUAUAAGCCUCAAAAGUUUAAAGGAGAUUUUAUAUCUUUCAAAGAAAGGCCAUAUGGUCCUGGAGACCUUGAAUGUACAUUAGAUCUCAGAAAUCAGGCCCAGACUGUUAGUAAUCAUGUCUUAAAUAAAGAUCAAAUUAGAGAGAGAGAUAAGAACCAGCUGCUAGCUAAAGAUUCUUCAGUUCACCUUUCUAGCUUUCAUUGGCUUCAGUCUUCCUUUGAAGAAGUUGCCUCUGUGGUUCAUCCUGAAAAUAUGACUAAAGGCUCACAGCAAGCAGAAGAAACAUCAGUGAACAAAGUGACUUCUGUAUUUUCUGUUUUGGGUGCCUCAGUUGGGAGUACUUUGAAUUUUGAUAAGAGUGAACCCUUAGAGUCUUUGGCUGUGCAGAAAGUGGAUCAGCAGUCAAAAUUAGAGGAGCUCAAAACUGAUGGCCUUCAGUCAUUAAUAUUGAGUGAGCAAUUAGGGAGUAACUCUCAAAACGAGGGAGAAAGUCUUCUCAAGGAUUCAGAGAGACAGACAGUAUCCAAUAUUCAACAACCAGAAUUUACUAAAAAUAAAAGGCAAGAAUUCCCUUUAAAUAAAGGUGUUCAUGUGAAAAAACACAGUUUAUUAAAAUCUGGUUUCCAGGUAAACCAAACAACUCCUCAGGCUAACUCGGGUAUAAAAGAUGAUGAAAUCAUUACAACGGACUCUAUUUCAGUUCCUCUUGCACCACAGUAUAGUAGGGAUGAGCAUAAGAAUUGUGAGCUUCCCCAGGACCAGUCUCCCAAGGAGUCUGAGAGUACAUUAUUUAAAAGUGCAUUAAAACUCUUUGGUCGAGGAGAAGAAUCUUCAGUAAGUACAACAAAUGAAAAACAGGCAUCUGGAUUUUUGAACCUCUUUAAAACUCAGGUGAAUAAAGAAGGAUCACCAAACUUAGAAGAAAAGACUGGUGAUAAAAAUGUUAAGAUAUUAUCUCAGGAAAAGAAAGAAUCUUCUGGUGUUUCAAAUUUUUUUGGUACCCUUGGGGAUUUCUUUAAAACCAAUGUAUCACCUAUGCAGACAACUGAAAAUAUGCCUGUUUCUUCAGUGACUAAUAAGGAUGAGGUCAGGUCAAGUCCUGUACAGCUAACUAACCAGGGUGUUGGGAACUUUCCUGCUGCAUCAGUUUCCUCUAAAAGAAGGGUUAGAGUUAGAAGUCUAAACAAACAGACCACUAUUGAUGACAGUGGGUUUAUGGAACCAUCACCUAGAGAGAUCCAGGGUAAUAAUUUGAUGGGAAAAGAGGUACCUUUUAGAGACCAUCUAAUCCAGCAGUCACCUAAUUCAUCUUUCUCAACAAGUAAUCUCGAAGGGUCUUCUGAAAGUUCUUCAAUAGAAAAUAGAGGUAUAUCUACAGUGACAGAAGUUUCAGGAAGUAAUAAAAUAUCUUCUGAUAUUCUGAACAGAAAAAAUUCAAAUGAACAAGAUAACUUUUUUGACAAGGACUGGAAUUUUUCAACUGCUACAACAUCUUCAUCCCAACCAGAGACGGCAGCCAAAAAGAGUAUAUUUUCUUUUCUGACUGGAUCUGAAAAGUCUGAGAACAGAGCCUCUGCUACUCUACCAAGAGCCAAAUCUCAAGGAGAAGGGCUAUUCACACUUCCUUCCUUUUUUUCCACUACAAGCUCAAGCAUCAAGAAGGAUCCCUCUCAUAAAAGCUCUACUUUUAGUUUCUUCAACUUACCCUUUUUGGAUCAAAAGCAGGAGACUCCUGAGGAAAAACAAAGCCUUUCAGCUGUUGCUCCAGUGACUUCUCAGCCCUGUAAGAAGCCAAGUAUUUUUGUAGACUCUGGUGGCACAAUGACGAGAGAAGGUGCCAAUGGUCAUAAAGAUAGCAUAACCCAGGAAGUAGUGCAUGAAAAGCAAAUGGCACCUUGUAUUGCCAUUAGUAACGCUAUUGAGGUUACCUCCCUUGCAGAUGAGCUCAGUGUAGAGAAGGACUAUCGGGAGAAAUUGAGUGCCAAUAAUGUAUCAGAGACAUCUUCAAUAGAUUUCCAGUUGCAUCAGUUGCAAAAAGAAACUGUUCCUCCUUCACCAGAAUGUCAGGCACAGGCUGAAACAUUCCUCAUAGGCCCAGAGACCCUUGGGAUAACUCCCCAUGAAGAAGAGGCUUUCAACCAGAGAGCCUUCCCCAAUGACUCACUGACCAACUCUUUUUCACACAAUAACCAUUUAUUUGAAAAGUUAAAUGAUUUAGACAUUUGUACUAACUGCCACCCAAAUGAAAGCUUUACUAGUGACCCAUUGAACUUGCCAUUAGAAAAGGCCCCCAAUGAGAUCUUACCACGUAUCCUGGAGCCAGCCUCUUCUCCUCCAGAGCCAGAAUGUGCAGGCCAUCUCCAGAACCGAGAUACAGAUAAAGAGGAAGACAAAUCAGUGUUAGGCUCUUCAGUAGAAAUGCUUUCAGGAUUUGUGACCAAAGUGAAAUCUUUCUCUGGGGGCUUAAUUGAACCUCCCAAAACGCUCUCUGGAAUUUUCUCCUCUCCUAAAUCUCCAAAGAAAAACUCCUUUUUCUCUUUUUCUUCUGGUGUGUCGUCUCAGCCACUCAAAGAUGAGUUAUUUGGAAUUUUCAAAAGUCCCAAACCAGAGACACACAAACAAGAAUCAGCUAUCCCAGCUACUUCACGGCUUCAAAAUGAUUGUUCCAAAGAUGCUAUAGGAUUAGGACCUUCAGAAGGUUUGUGGAGAGAAGCUGCCUCUGCAGCACCCAAUUUAGAAUCUACUGUCAGUGACUGUAGAGUGACUGUUGUUAGUGCAAAGUCAGAAUCAGAUACCAUGACAGAUGAUCCUAAAUUAACAACCAAAAUGGAAAACAGUAACACUCCUGAAAAUAUUCCAGGACCCCAAAGUUCUGAAACAAUUGCUACAUCUUCUGUCUCGGGGGAUGAUACUGGGCAAGGAGUAUUAUCUCUGAGUGAUGAAGGAGACAUGGGAAUAUUGCAGGGUACAGACACAGAGGCAUCAUUGGAAGCAGAGUUUAUUUUAUCGCCAACACAGUUACAUCCAGAUCCUACCUGUAUUGCUGAAGAUCUUCCUCCUCCAAUUCAGCCACCUCUUCCUCUUGAGCCAGAACCAGUUAUUCAAACUGCCUCCACAAACCAAGAUUUCUUGGAGCUGCAUGCAACCAAUUCACGAGAAACCAACACUGCACUGUUCAGUGAGGCAAGUGUGAACCAGAGGACCACCCUGGAAACCCAAGGGCACUCUCCUCAUCCUCCGCUGGAGAAACCUGGGCUUUGUGCUAAAGAAAGUUGCGAGAUACUUCAUGCCCAGAAAGAUAUACCUACAGUCCCCCAGGAAGCCAAGCAGCCAAGACCUCGUUUUGAGAUCCCAAACAUAACCAACUGGCCAAAGCUCCGCUUCCCAUCCUCUGCUACUGACCAUGGGAAAUCACUGAGCUCUUUCUUUGCCCCACCUUCCCCCUCGGGCAAUAGAGCAGCAGAGACUGGUUUAAUAUCCAGUUUUAAGAAGUUGUCAACUUUAUUUGAGGGAGGUAGUGAGGGGAAAGAGACUGUGCUGGCAAAUGAUCCAAAACUAGAAAAGAAGCUGGAUCGUUCAUUUCCAUUGGCAAAAGAAAACAAAGAAGUCCCUGAACAAAUGCCUACAGAAUCUUCCCCUCCAGUUUUAGGUAUUAGCAAUGAUCAAGACCUUAACUCCAGUAAGGCUAACAAAGCUUUGGAGUCCUCUCGAAUAUCUGAGGCCAGUGCUGAGCCAACUAAGGUCUGUACUCAGCCUUCUGAGACCUCUGAGCAGCUGGGGGCCAAGCCAAGUGUCUGUGCUCCAGAGGUUUCAGGGCCUGGCGAAAUGGAAAAGCAGGAGGAAAUCCCGGCACCUAAGGAACACUGGGAUACCGAAGGAAACCUCUCUGGCCCCACCUGUCCUUCAGGGAAACAGGAGGAAGAAAACUACAUUGUCUCUGAGCUAAUUCACCAGCCAGAAAAACAAGAAGAGGAGGCAUUGCCUACUAGCACUGACUCUGUUUUGAAUGUACAGCAGCCAGUCACUCUGAAUGUCAUCAAGGAACCAAUGACCAACAAAAGCCCUACCAGCAGUAGUAGGUAUGGCUCUUCUUGUAAUGUGAGUCAAGGAAGCUCUCAGCUGAGUGAACUGGACCAGUACCAUGAACAAGAUGAUGACCGUCGGGAAAGGGACUCGAUUCAUUCCUGCCACAGCUCUGGCAGCCUCUCCAGAGAUGGCCAAACAGGUUUUGGAGAACAAGAGAGAACCUGGGAAGUGACAGGUGAAGCCGAAAAGGAGAUAUCAUGUGAGAACAAGGGAAUAAUAUGUGAGCCCAAGGAGAUGAAAGAAGAUGCCACAACCCAUCCUCCCCCAGAUCUGGUGCUACAAAAAGACCAUGUACUAGGCCCCCAGGAGAGUUUUCCUGAGGAGAAUGCCUCUUCGCCAUUUACCCAAGCCAGAGCGCACUGGAUCCGAGCAGUUACCAAGGUUCGACUCCAGUUGCAGGAGAUUCCACAUGAUGGUGAUCCCUCUCUGCCUCAGUGGCUCCCAGAAGGGCCAGCUGGAGGGCUCUAUGGCAUUGAUAGCAUGCCAGAUCUACGCAGAAAGAAGCCGCUGCCACUUGUCAGUGAUCUGGCUAUGUCACUGGUCCAGUCCCGGAAGGCAGGGAUUACUUCUGCAAUGGCUACACGCUCCUCUCUCAAGGAUGAAGAGCUGAAAUCCCAUGUGUAUAAGAAAACCCUGCAGGCAUUAAUCUACCCCAUUUCAUGUACCACACCCCACAACUUUGAGGUCUGGACAGCCACCACUCCAACUUACUGCUAUGAGUGUGAAGGUCUGCUCUGGGGCAUUGCCCGGCAGGGCAUGCGCUGCAGUGAGUGUGGAGUCAAGUGCCACGAGAAGUGCCAGGACCUGCUCAAUGCCGACUGCCUACAGCGGGCUGCAGAAAAGAGCUCUAAACAUGGAGCUGAGGACCGGACCCAGAACAUUAUCAUGGCCAUGAAGGACCGCAUGAAAAUCCGAGAGCGAAAUAAGCCAGAGAUCUUUGAAGUUAUCCGGGAUGUCUUCACAGUGAGCAAAGUUGCCCAUGUGCAGCAGAUGAAAACAGUGAAGCAGAGUGUAUUGGAUGGCACCUCCAAAUGGUCGGCCAAGAUUACCAUCACUGUGGUGUGUGCGCAGGGCCUACAAGCCAAGGACAAAACAGGAUCCAGUGACCCUUAUGUGACUGUGCAAGUCGGCAAAACCAAGAAGCGCACCAAGACCAUUUUUGGAAACUUGAAUCCUGUUUGGGAGGAGAAGUUUCAUUUCGAGUGCCACAACUCUUCUGACCGCAUUAAGGUACGUGUGUGGGAUGAGGAUGAUGACAUCAAGUCGAGAGUAAAGCAGCGGCUAAAGCGAGAGUCUGAUGAUUUCCUUGGCCAAACCAUCAUUGAGGUUCGGACACUAAGUGGUGAAAUGGACGUCUGGUACAACUUGGAGAAGAGGACAGACAAGUCAGCCGUCUCAGGGGCUAUCCGACUACAAAUCAGUGUGGAGAUCAAGGGGGAGGAGAAGGUAGCCCCGUAUCAUGUGCAGUAUACGUGUCUCCAUGAGAACCUUUUCCAUUACCUCACAGACAUUCAGGGCAGUGGAGGAGUCCGGAUCCCUGAGGCUCGAGGAGAUGAUGCAUGGAAGGUGUACUUUGAUGAGACAGCUCAAGAGAUUGUGGAUGAAUUUGCCAUGCGUUACGGCAUCGAGUCCAUAUAUCAGGCCAUGACGCAUUUUGCUUGUUUGUCAUCCAAGUACAUGUGUCCUGGUGUGCCAGCAGUGAUGAGCACCUUACUGGCCAACAUCAAUGCCUACUAUGCCCACACAACUGCUUCUACCAAUGUCUCUGCAUCUGAUCGCUUUGCAGCCUCCAACUUUGGGAAAGAGAGAUUUGUAAAACUGCUGGACCAGCUACACAACUCACUGAGGAUCGACCUCUCUAUGUACAGGAAUAAUUUCCCUGCUGGGAGUCCUGAGCGGCUUCAGGACUUAAAAUCCACGGUAGAUUUGCUGACCAGCAUUACUUUCUUCAGAAUGAAGGUACAAGAACUGCAAAGCCCUCCAAGAGCCAGCCAGGUGGUAAAGGAUUGUGUGAAGGCCUGUUUGAACUCUACGUAUGAGUAUAUCUUCAACAACUGCCAUGACUUAUAUAGCCGCCAGUACCAACUGAAGCAGGAACUACCUCCAGAGGAACAGGGGCCCAGCAUUCGGAACCUGGAUUUCUGGCCCAAACUCAUCACACUCAUUGUAUCAAUCAUAGAGGAAGAUAAGAAUUCCUACACACCUGUUCUGAACCAGUUUCCUCAGGAGUUGAAUGUGGGAAAAGUCAGCGCAGAAGUGAUGUGGCAUCUGUUUGCCCAAGACAUGAAAUAUGCGUUGGAGGAGCACGAGAAAGACCGGCUGUGUAAGAGUGCUGACUACAUGAACCUGCAUUUCAAGGUGAAAUGGCUCCACAAUGAAUACGUGCGGGAUCUGCCUGCCCUCCAGGGGCAGGUGCCUGAGUACCCAGCGUGGUUUGAGCAGUUUGUGCUUCAAUGGCUGGAUGAGAAUGAGGAUGUGUCCCUGGAAUUCCUGCGUGGAGCCCUGGAACGAGAUAAGAAGGAUGGGUUCCAGCAGACAUCAGAGCAUGCACUCUUUUCCUGCUCCGUGGUGGACGUUUUUACACAACUCAACCAGAGCUUUGAGAUCAUCCGGAAGCUGGAAUGCCCAGACCCCAGCAUCCUUGCCCACUACAUGAGGAGAUUUACUAAGACCAUCGGGAAGGUGCUGAUGGAGUAUGCAGACAUCUUAUCCAAGAACUUCCCAGCUUAUUGCACAAAGGAGAAACUGCCCUGCAUCCUGAUGAACAACAUGCAGCAACUGAGGGUCCAGCUGGAGAAAAUGUUUGAGGCCAUGGGAGGCAAAGAGCUGGACCCUGAAGCUGCAGACAGUCUGAAGGAGCUGCAGGUGAAACUGAAUACAGUUCUGGACGAGCUCAGCAUGGUGUUUGGAAACAGUUUCCAGGUGCGGAUUGAUGAGUGUGUUCGACAGAUGGCCGACAUCCUGGGCCAGGUCCGGGGGACAGGGAAUGCGUCCCCCAACGCCCGGGCCUCAGUGGCUCAGGAUGCAGAUAGUGUGCUCCGGCCCCUCAUGGACUUCCUGGAUGGCAACCUCACACUCUUUGCCACUGUAUGUGAGAAGACAGUUCUGAAGCGUGUACUGAAGGAGCUCUGGCGGGUGGUAAUGAACACAAUGGAAAGGAUGAUUGUUCUGCCCCCUCUCACAGACCAGACGGUAAGGACACCUCCUUCCGCUUCCUCCUCCCGUCUCCCUUCCCCGCACUCCUCCCUUCCUGGUGGAGUUUGGGGUCCUCUGCUUUUGACUGAUCCCCUCUCUGUCCAGGGCACCCAGCUGAUACUCACUGCUGCCAAGGAGCUGAGCCAUCUUUCCAAACUCAAGGACCACAUGGUACGAGAGGAAACACGGAAUCUCACUCCAAAGCAGUGUGCUGUUCUUGACCUCGCCCUGGACACCAUCAAGCAAUACUUCCAUGCAGGAGGCAAUGGGCUGAAGAAAACCUUCCUGGAGAAGAGCCCAGAUCUGCAGUCCCUACGUUAUGCCCUGUCUCUGUAUACACAGACCACAGACACUCUCAUCAAGACCUUUGUGCGCUCACAGACUGCCCAGGGGUCUGGUGUGGAUGAUCCUGUGGGAGAAGUAUCUAUUCAGGUGGACUUGUUUACACAUCCUGGUACUGGGGAGCACAAAGUCACAGUGAAAGUGGUUGCUGCCAAUGACCUCAAGUGGCAGACAGCAGGUAUGUUCCGGCCUUUUGUGGAAGUGACCAUGGUUGGCCCACACCAAAGUGAUAAGAAGAGAAAGUUCACAACCAAAUCCAAAAGCAACAACUGGGCCCCCAAGUACAAUGAGACAUUCCACUUCCUCCUGGGAAAUGAAGAGGGGCCAGAGGCCUAUGAGUUGCAGAUAUGCGUGAAGGAUUACUGCUUUGCCCGGGAGGAUCGUGUGCUCGGGCUGGCUGUGAUGCCUCUGAGGGAUGUGGCAGCUAAGGGCAGCUGUGCCUGCUGGUGUCCCUUGGGCCGAAAGAUCCAUAUGGAUGAGACAGGCAUGACCAUUCUCCGGAUUCUGUCUCAGAGGAGCAAUGACGAGGUGGCCCGAGAAUUUGUGAAACUCAAAUCAGAAUCUCGUUCCACAGAGGAGGGGAGCUGAACACACCUUUGGCUCCUGUGCCAACCAGGCAGCACCACUUCCACAAAUCAAGACCAAUUUGGGAGUUAGCUAUGUAGCCAGCUUAGGGUCCUUGUAGUCAAAAAGCUGACCCCUUCAGUUAAAGAUAUUUAGGGACAAAUUUGGGAUGGUGAGAGAAUAUGGCUUUUCAUAGAAAGGGUCAUGAAUCUCUGACCAGCAGGUCUGUAGUGCCAGGGGCUGGGCUGGGCUGGGCUGUGGGGGGUUACCACAUGGAGAGAUUUCACAUAAAGAGAGGACGGACAUUUCUGAGAAUGUCAGCCAUUCUUGGUAGACACCCUUCCACUCCACAUCUCAUCUCUACACCACACUUGAUGCAGUUAAACACAUACACAUCAUCAUUAGAAGAACAAGUAGAGGUCCUGGAGCUUGUUCCUGGCUGGCUAGGUAGGCAGUUGAGCCUAUAGGUGUAUAGCUGAGCCCUGUGGUCUGGAUUGGAGUAUGGGCCAGGGCAGGAGCACACAGAACAGAAUUCAGACUGUCCCAUGAGCAGAAUCCACUGAUUUUGUAUGGCUCCAAUGAGAAUAAGGCUUUGAAACUGAACAAGAUACCUUCUAGAAAUAAGCUGUGCUAAUCCCUUUCCCCAGAUUAUAUCAUGAGUAGAACCAUGUUUAUGUGGUGCUUGAGAGCCCUGAGCAGAAUAUUUCUUUGGAACCCAGGCACUAGGGACCACCUUCCCAGGAGUCCCCCUACCUCACUCCUGUAGUCAGGGGAGUGAUGAGUUCAGGACAUCAGAGGCUAUACUUACGUGUAUAUCUACCUGAGGGCUAAUUGAAGGAUCCAGGAGUAUUUUCUUCCUGGGUAGGCCCUGAACAAAGCCAAAAAUUAUAGAAACCAGUCUAGAGUCCUCCUCACCUAUGGUCACAGCCUUCUGGCUGUUCUUCACCUUGCAGAAAGAAUUUAGCCUUUGGCUUUUCUCCCAUUCAUCUGGAUCAGCUGCUGUACCCCUCAUAGAUGUUCAACCCUACAGAAGGAGCUUGGACUCUGAUACCUCUGUACAGGCUGGAUGGAGAGGGCCUCAAUACUCCGUGGGAGGUCAGAGUCAGGCCUUCAGGGGGGUCAGAUGGACUUAACCUAGACCAUGCUCAGAGGUGUGAAAUGGUCCUUGGAUUUCCUCGGUAGCAGCCUCCUGGACAUCCUAAGGACUCAGCAUUAUCCACAGCUGUACUGACCAUUAUGUGAAGCAAGAAACCAAGCAUCUUUGCUGUUGUUAAUUAUUGUAUGUGCCAUUGUUAAAGGAAAUUAUAUGCUAGUCUACAAUAAAUUAUCUUACAGCAGC